CAUGUUCGCUCCUCCCUCUACAUCUCCCUCAAAGAAAAAAUUCUCUCUUUCCUCCGCAAACAGUUGCUUCAUCGUGAGAGAUUAUAUGAAAUCCCCUCAUCCCUUUCUCGAUUUUUUGAUCUAGACAAUGGCGUCGCCGAUUCGUCAUCGUCAAAGGGAUGCGCUGCGCCAGAGAGAGGGCAAGAGCGAUGGAUUUGCUGCUCGCCUUGCCACCGCCUUUCUGGACUCCACUGUCGCCGUCGUCGCUGCCGUUGUGGAGAACCCUGAACCCGAUCCGGCGACUCCCUCUCCCUCUCAAAUCCAGAACUCGAUCCGACCACUCCCUCUCCCUCUUGAACCCUGAACCCGAUCCGGCGACUCCUACUCCCUCUCGAUUCCAGAUCCGACACCAUGUAAAAUCCCUCGCGCGGUGGCUCUCUCUCUAUUUCUCUCGAGGUAAGAUUCGGUGCAUUGUUGUCUCCCUCCCACGGCAGUUCUCAGUCCGUCUCGAUUCCAGAUCCGGAGUCGCCGCAGGCGAGUCGCUCUUCCUCUCGAUUCCACUGAUGCUGCCGUUGUAGAAGGACGAGGUGCGGGCGGAGAUGGAUUGCACGAGGGAGGAGAUGAGGGGAUGGUAGGGGCGAAUAGAGAGAGCCAGAGAGGUGAGCGGAUUUUCAUUAAAAAAAAAAGAGAAAG